UUUUCUUUUUCGUUGGAAUUUAAUUUUCGGUAGAAAGAAGCCCAAACUAGGUCCAUUUAACAGGCCCUUCGCUUUAUUCCAUUUUCUAAUAUUUUGUUGUAGAAAACGGGCCCCUUCCACUUUUUCCUACAUUGCCUCACGUGCCCUGCAUUACUUCAUCUUGCUGCGUCCACGUCAACUUAAACCGUGAAAAGGUCGGGGCAAAAUCGGAAUUAUGACAAUCAUCGAUACAGAACACACAGUCACACAGUGGAUUGAGCUGAAAAUGCUUUGAAUUUGUGCGUUUUGGAUUACUAUUCCCUCCCCCAGGCCUCAGCUUGUUUUCGCCGGAGACAAUGGCAAUCGGUGCUGCCGUCUCCAGCCGGAAUUUCGGUUCCUUCAUCGGUUCAGAAAGAGUAUAUCAUGCCGAACAAGCUGUUGUCAGCUCCCAAGGACAGAAGGUGUCAGUGGGUGCUCCAAAGUGCUUGCAAAGAAGGACGUUGUACAGCAAGCUAUAUAACCCUAGAGUACGCUGUUCGCAGUUUAGCUGUCAAUAUACCUUAUCCAUUAACCGUAACUGUCUGCCGGGCACUACAAACUUGAAGGGCACAUGUCACGUUAAAACAGACAACCUUCAUUUAUGCAGUCGUAUCAAUCACCACCAUAGCUUAAGUAAAAGCAAUGGAGUUUGUAAAUGCUCUUCAUCCCCAACUUUCUCAAAAAAGAUUUGGGCACAACUGAGAAAACCAGGCAAACUUGGUUUCUUGGGGGAACAAUGCCAGCGUUCAAAGAGUUCAAUAGGUGAUGGGGUUCGAGCUGAGUACAAAUCUGAAGAGUAUGACAUCACAGGAGCAAAUUUGGAGUCUCUUGUCCCAUCCGAAGGUACAACUGAAGCGGUUAUCAUGGAAGGACUUCUUCGAGCAAAACCUUGGUGGGAACAAUUCCCAAAGCGCUGGGUCAUAGUGCUGCUUUGCUUUGCUUCAUUUUUGCUAUGUAAUAUGGACCGGGUAAACAUGAGCAUUGCAAUACUCCCCAUGGCAAAGGAGUUCAACUGGAACAGUGCUACAGUUGGAGUUAUCCAGUCUUCCUUCUUCUGGGGCUAUUUGUUAACUCAGAUUAUUGGCGGCAUUGCGGCAGAUAAAAUUGGUGGAAAACGUGUAUUGGGUUUUGGAGUUGUCUGGUGGUCAGUGGCCACUGUUUUGACUCCAAUAGCUGCUCGAAUUGGACUUCCUUUCUUGCUGAUGAUGCGUGCUUUCAUGGGGAUUGGGGAGGGUGUUGCAAUGCCUGCAAUGAACAAUUUGCUAUCUAAGUGGAUUCCAGUAUCAGAAAGAAGCAGAUCACUAGCAUUAGUAUACAGUGGCAUGUAUCUUGGUUCUGUUACCGGCUUGGCUCUCUCCCCAGUUUUGAUCCAACACUUUGGCUGGCCAUCUGUCUUCUACUCAUUUGGUUCUCUUGGGAGCAUCUGGAUUGCAUUAUGGCUGAGCAAAGCUUAUAGCUCUCCCAGUGAAGAUCCACACCUCAGUGCAGAGGAAAGAAAUUUGAUUCUGGGAGACAGUGUCGCUGCGGAACCUGUUACUUCCAUUCCUUGGAAAUUAAUUUUAUCCAAGCCAGCCGUCUGGGCUCUCAUCAUCUCCCACUUCUGUCAUAAUUGGGGAACAUUUAUUCUUUUGACGUGGAUGCCAACUUAUUAUAAUCAGGUUUUGAAGUUCAACCUUACAGAAUCCGGGCUUCUCUGUGUGCUACCAUGGCUGACUAUGGCUUUCUUUGCAAAUAUAGGAGGUUGGAUUGCAGAUACUCUUGUGAGCAAAGGACUGUCAGUAACAUCUGUUCGCAAGAUCAUGCAAUCAAUUGGAUUUCUUGGGCCCGCCUUCUUUCUUACACAGCUUAGCCAUGUCAAGACACCUGCCAUGGCAGUGCUAUGUAUGGCAUGCAGUCAGGUCUAAACUAUCCAACUACUCAUUGUGUUGUGCUUUUAAACACUAGGGGCAAAUAAAAUAACCUGUUCAUAAAUUUCCAGGGAUCGGAUGCAUUCUCUCAGUCAGGACUAUACUCCAAUCACCAAGACAUUGGGCCCCGUUAUGCUGUGAGUAGAUAGUGUUAUUAAGUCAUUUUUUUUAAUGCAAUAUUACAAUAAUGCUUCACCUGCGGUCUUGGACAGUGGAUUCUUUCCAAUCAAAUCAACCACUUUCACCUGUUUUACAGUUUCCUAACUGUAUUGUUACAGCCUUAGACGAGUAGAGUCGAGACUUAUGGCUAAGGAACUAAUUUGUACUCUUAGUUUCUAUGGGCCCCUCUGCACAUUGGAUCAUUCACCCAAUUCUCUGUUUUACAGUUGCAUUUUACAUUGAUUGCUUUUCUUUGUACAUGCAUGGCUUAGCCUGGACAUAUGGCUUUAAAAUCUGGCAGUGAAUAAUAAAGUUUACUGUUUUCCUGCUCAGGGAGUACUAUUGGGGCUGUCAAAUACAGCUGGAGUAUUAGCUGGUGUCUUUGGCACAGCGGCAACGGGAUACAUACUGCAAAGAGGUACACUAAUCUUAUUUUCUCUUUGAAUGGAUUAUUUUCCUAAAACUCUUGCUUGAACUAAAGAACUUGACCCCUUGUGGUUUACUUCGCCAGGUUCGUGGGAUGACGUGUUUAAAGUGGCUGUCAUCUUGUAUAUCAUAGGCACAAUAGUCUGGAAUACCCUUGCGACAGGGGAGAGAGUUUUAGAGUAGGAAAGUAAGAGAGGUUAAAGAUAAUGCUUUUGAUACAAUGAGGAGGUCGAUCGGAUGGGGGAGGAAGGGGAUAGGGAGAAAAUGUAACAUUUUGUAAUAAGAAACAUGGAAAACCAUGCGGUUGAAGCUGGUCAAUUUGCAGAUCCUUCCAUGAGAACUCCUUCCAACAGCUCCCCCAGAUGAUAUGAUAAUUUGGCUUGAGGAGAAAAGACAGCUAAUUUUAGUUAUGGUACAAUGUUCUUGAUUCUGAAAGCCUCAGGAUGAUGGUUGCCUGCUUAAUUUGUGCCUCCCAUCAGCUGAAGGUGUACUUUCUUGAAGCAAUAGUGGCUUGUACCUUCUUGUUGUUAGAGUAACGAAGAGAUAAAGUCCCCCUACUCUGUGACCUAUACCAUGGAAACUUGCUAUCAUAUUAUGUAAAAAGACUAAAUUGAGUUCACCUUUGUACCUUAUAGAUAGGUCCGGAAAGAACUUUAGCAAUUUCUCUUCAAUGGAAUUGGGUUCUCUUGGAUUAUUUGUUGAAUUUUAGUCAAAUCUACCCAGUUAUUGUUGAUUGAUA